AUGAGAGGUGUGCGGCCUCAACGCUAUGAGAGAAGUGUGCGGCCACUACGCUACGGAAAGAGGUGCGGCCGCCCGCUACGAGAGGUGUGCGACCUCAAUGCUACGAGAGUGGUAGCUGCCGCAAUGCUACGAGAGAGGUUAUCAUACCCAGAACCCAGUGCCAUGCCCAAUACCCAGUCAUACCCAGUACCCAGAAUCAUACCCAGUACCCGCGUCAUACCCAGUACCCAGUGUCAUACCCAGUACCCAUUUUCAUGCCCAGUGCACCCAGUAUCAUACGCAGUAUCCAGUUUCCUACCCAUUACCGAGUGUCAUGCCCAGUACCCAUUGUCAUGCCCACUACCCAGUGUCAUACCCAGUACCAAGAUUCGUGCCCAGGACCGAGAUAUACCCAGUAUCCAGUGCCCUACCCAGUACGAAGUGUCAUACCCAGUUCCCAUACCAGUGUCAUGCCCAGUACCCAGUGCCAUGCCCAGUAACCCAGUAAAUGUGUCCCAGUACCAGUGUCAUGCCCAGUACCCAGUGUCAUACCCAUUACCGAGCGCCAUGCCAGCACCAGUGUCCUACCCAGUACCCAGUGUCACACACAGUGUCAUACCAUUACCCAGUGCAUCACCCAGUACACAGUGUCAUACCCAGUACCCAGUGUCAUACCACAAUCCAGUCUCAUACCCAGUACCCAGUGUCAUACCCAUUACAGUGUGUCAUACCCAGUACCCAGUAUCAUACCCAGAACCCAUACCCAGUGUCAUACCCAGUACCGAAUGUCGUGCCCAGUACCGUAUUAUACCCAGUAUCCAGUGCUCCUACCCAGUACGAAGUGUCAUACCCACUUCCCAGUAUCAUACCCAGUACCCAGUACCCAGUGUCAUACACAUUACCCACUACCCAGUAUCAUACCCAGUACCCAGUUUCAUAGAGAUUACCCAGUGUCAUACCCAUUACCUGCUACCCAGUGUCCAUACCCAGUACCAGCAGUCAUACACUGUACCCAGUGUCAUACACAGUACCCAGUGUCAUACCCAGUACCCAGUAUCAUACCCAGUACCCAAUGUCAUGCCCAGUACCCAGAGCCAUGCCCAGUACCCAGUGCCAUACCCAUUACCCAGCCAUGCCCAGUACCCAGUGUCCUACCCAGUACCCAAUGUCAUACACAGUGUCAUACCCAGUACCCAGUGUCAUACCUGCACCAGUGUUAUACCCAGUGUCAAGCCCAGUACCCAGUGUCAUGCCCAGUACCCAGUGCCUUGCCCAGUACCCAGUAAAAGUGUCCUACCCAGUACCCAGUGUCAUGCCCAGUACCCAGUGUCAUACCCAUUACCCAGUGUAAUACCCAGUACCCAGUGUCAUGCCCAGUACCCAGAGCCAUGCCCACACCCAGUGUCAUACCCAUUACCCAGUGCCAUGCUCACACCCAGUGUCAUACCCAGUAUCCAGUCAAACCCAGUACCCAGUACAGUGUCAUACCCACACCAGGGUCAUGCCCAGUACCCAGUGGCAUACCCAGUACCCAGUGUCAUGCCCAGUACCCAGUAUCCAUUGUCCAAUCCAGUAUCCAGUGUCAUGCCCAGCACCCAGUAUUAUACCCAGAACCCAGUAUCCAGUGUCCUACCCAGUACCAAGUGUCAUGCCCAACGCCCAUUACCCAGUGGCAUGCCCAGUACCCAGUGUCAUGACCAGUACCCAGUAUCCAGUGUCCUACCCAGUACCCAGUGUCAUACCCAGUACCCAGUGAUCAUACACAGAACCCAGUACCCAGUGCCAUGCCCAAAACCCAGGUCAUACCCAGUACCCAGAAUCAUACCCAGUACCCAGUGUCAUACCCAGUACCAUUUUCAUGCCCAGUACCCAGUAUCAUACGCAGUGUCCAGUUUUCUAACCAUUACCCAGUGUCAUGCCCAGUUCCCAGUACCCAUUGUCAUGCCCAGUACCCAGUGUCAUACCCAGUACCCAGUGUCGUGCCCAGUACCGAGUAUUAUACCCAGUAUCCAGUGCCCUACCCAUACAAAGUGUCAUGCCCAGUAUCCAUAUCAAACCCAGUACCCAGUAUCAUACCCAGUACCCAGUAUCAUGCCCAGUACCAUUGUCAUACCCGGUACCCAGUGUCAUUCCCAGUACCAGUGCCAUGCCCAGUACCCAGUGUCCCACCCAGUACCCAGUGUCACACAGUACCCAGAUCAUACCCAGUGUCAUGCCAGGUACCCAGUGUCAUACCCAGUACCUAGUGCCAUGCCCAGUACCCAAUGUCAUACCCAGUACACAGUGUCCCACCCAGUACGCAGUGCCAUGCCAAGUACCCAAUGUCAUACCCAGACCAGUGUCCCAUCUAGCACCCAGUGCCAUGCCCAGUACCCAGUGUCACAACCCAGCACCCAGUGUCCUACCCAGUACCCAGACAUGCCCAGUACCAGUGCCAUACCCAGUACCCAGUGUCAUUCCAGUACCCAAUGUCACACAGUACCUAGUGUCCUACCCAGUACCCAGUGUCAUGCCCAGUACCCAGUGCCAUACCCAGUUCCCAGUGUCAUACCCACCCAGUACCCAGUGUCAUCACAUCAGUGUCCACCUAUACAGUUCAUGCCUAGUACCCAAUAUCAUACCCAGUACCCAGUAUCAUACCCAGUACCCAGUGCCAUGCCCAGUACCCAGUGUCAUGCCCAGUAUCUUAGGUCAUACCCAGUACCCAGUGUCAUGCCCAGUACCCAGAUGUCUUACACAGUACCCACUGUCAUACACAGUGCCAUACCCAGUACCCAGUAUACCCAGUGUCAUGCCAUGUACCCAGUGCCAUGCCCAGUACCCAAUGUCCUACCCAGUACCCAGUGCUAUACCCAGUACCCAGUGUCAUACCCAGUACCCAGUGUCCUACCAGUACCCAGUGAUGCCCAGUGCCCAGUGCCAUACCCAGUACCCAAUGUCACAGAGUACCUAGCGUCCUACCCAGUACCCAGUGUCCUUCCCAGUACCCAGUGUCAUGCCCAGUACCCAGUGCCACCCAGUUCCCAGUGUCAUACCCAGUACCCAGUGUCAUGCCCAGUACGCACCAUGCCCAAUCCAGUGUCAUACCCAGUACCCGUGUCAUACCGGCACCCAGUGUCCUACCCAGUACCCAGUGUCAUACCCAUAUUCCCAGUACCCAGUGUCCUGCCCAGUACCCAGUGCCAUGCCCAGUACCCAGUGUCACCCAUACCCUGUGCCAUGCUCAGUACCCAGUGUCAUACACAGUUUCAUAACCAGUACCCAGUGUCAUACCCAGUACCCAGUGUUAUACCCAGUGUCAUGCCCAGUACCCAGUGUCAUGCCCAGUACCAGUGCUAUGCCCAGUACCCAGUAAAAAUAUCCUACAGUACCCAUUAUCAUGCCCUGUACCAAGUGUCAUACCCAGUACCCAGUAUACCCAGCACUCAGUGUCAUGCCAGUACCCAGUGUCAUACCCAUUACCCAGUGUCAUGCAGUACAGUACCACGACAAUUGCCAGUGUCAUACCCAGUACCCAGUGUCAUACAGUACAGCAGUCCUACCAGUUCCCAGUAUCAUACAGAUCCCAGUGUCAUACCCAGUACCAAGUGUCAUACCCUGUACCCAGUGUCAAACCCAGCACCCAGUGUAAUACCCAUUACCCAGUGUCAUCCAGUACCCAGUGUCGCCCAGUACCCAGAGCCAUGCCCAGUACCCAGUGCACCCAUUACCCAGCGCCAUGCUCAGUACCCAGUGUCCUCCAGUACCAAGUGUCAUACACAGUGUCAUACCCAGUACCCAGUGUCAUACCCAGUACCCAGUGUCAUGCACAUUAUCCAGAGCCAUGCCCAAUACCCAGUGUCAUACCCAUUACCCAGUGCCAUGCUCAGUACCCAGUUUCCCAUUGUCAUACCCAGUAAGUGUCAUACAGUACAAUGUGUCAUGCCCAGUACCCAAUAUCAAACCCAGUACCCAGUAUCAUACCCAGUACCCAGUGCCAUGCCCAGUACCCAGUUUCAUGCCGUACUUAGUGUCAUACCCAGUGCCGAUCAUGCCCAGUACCCAGUGUCCUCCAGUACCCAGUGUCAUACACAGUGCCAUACCAGUACCCAGUGUCCUGCAAGUACCCAGUGCUAUACCCAGUACCCAUGUCAUACCCAGUACGGUCUCUACCCGUACCCAGUGACAUGCCCAGUGCAGUGCCAUACCCAGUACGCAAUGUCUACAGAGUACCUAGUGUCUACCCAGUACCCAGUGUCACCCAGUACCCAGUGUCAUGCCAAUGCCAGUGCCAUACCUGAUCUGUCAUACCCAGUACCCAGUGUCAUGCCAGUUCCAUAUCAGUGCCAUGCCCAGUACCCAGUGUCACACCAGUACCCAGUGUCUACCCAGUACCCUGUGACAUGCCCAGUACCCAGUGCCAUACCCAGUCCCAGUGUCAUACCCAGUACCCAAUGUCAUAUACAGUACCUUGUGUCUACCCAGUACCCAGUGUCAUGCCCAGUACCCAGUGUCAUGCCCAUACCCGAUGUCAUGCCGUGCAAGUACCAUGCCCAGUACCCAGUGUCGUACCAUCCUGACUGCCAUGCUCAGUACCCAGUGUCAUACACGUUUCACAACCAGUACCCAGUGUCAUACCCAGUACCCAGUGUUAUACCGAUGUCAUGCCCGGUACCCAGUGUCCUGCAGUACCCAGUACCAUGCCCAGUACCAAUGUCAUACCCAUUACCCUGUGCCAUGCUCAGUACCAUGUCAUACAGUUUCAUAACCAGUACCCAGUGUCUACCCAGUACCCAGUGUUAUACCCAGUGUCAUGCUCAGUCCCAGUGUCUUGCCCAGUACCGAGUACCAUGCCCAUUACCCAGUGUCAACACAGUCCCCAGUGUCAUCCAGUCCCAGUAUCAUACCCUGUACCCAGUGUCAAACCCAGCACCCAGUGUCACCCAUUACCAGUGUCAUGCCCAGUUCCCAGUACCAUGCAGUACCCAGUGUCACACCCAGUACCCAGUGUCAUACCCAGUACAGUGUCCUACCCAGUACCCAGUGUCAUACCCAGUACCCAGUGUCUUGCCCAUUCCAGUACCAUGCCCAGUACCCAGUGUCAUACCACAGUCUGUGUCCUUACCCAGUACCAGUAUCAACCCUGUACCCAGUGUCCACCAGCACCCAGUGUCCCACCUAUUACCUGUGUCAUUCCAGUACCCAGUGUCAUGCCCAGUACCCAGCACCAUGCAGUACCCAGUGUCCUCCAAUACCUAUGCCAUGCCAGUACCCAGUGUACACAGUUCCAGUACCAGUGUCAUACCAGUACCCAGUGUUAUUCCCAGUGUCAUGCCAGUACAGUGUCAUGCCCAGUACCCAGUGCCAUGCCCAGUACCCAGUAGUGUCUACCCAGUACCCAAUGUCAUGCCCAUACCCAGUGUCAUACCCAGUGUCAUACCAGGUGCAGUGUCAUACCAGUACCCAGUGCCAUGCCCAGUACCCAAUGUCAUACCCAAUGCCCCAGUGUCCUACCAGUGCCAUGCCCAGUACCCAAUGUCAUACCAGUACCCAGUGUCUACAGUACCCAGUGUCAUUACUGAUGCCAUACCCAGUUCCAGUGUCAUACCCAUGUUAUACCAGUACCCAGUGUCAUGCCCAGUACCCAGUUCCAUGCCCAGUACCAGUGUCAUACCCAUUACCCAGUGCCAUGCUCAGGACCCAGUGUCUACCAGUACCAGUGUCAUACACAGUGUCAUACCCAGUACCAGGUGUCAUACCCAGUACCCAGUGUUAUACCCAGUGUCUGCCCAGUACCCAGUGCCAUGCCAGUACCCA